AUGCGCCACGCAAACGAGGACAAGCGCCAGGCGGAGGAGUCCCGCAGGCGCGCUGAGGAGGAUAGGCAGCGUGCUGAGGCGGAGAGGGUUCGGGCGGACGACGAAGCAAGGAAGGCGCGUGUUGAGCAGGAAGCAGCCCAGCGAGCCAAAGAGGCCUCAGACAGGGCAGCCGCGCAGGCUCAGACGGCACUCGAGAAAGCCGAGAAGGACCUGAGGGAGGGUAUCAAGCCCAUCAUCGUCCCGAGUCCUGAGGAGCUCCGGCAGAAGAAGAAGGAUCUCCAGUAUCGAGAGGGACUCUUCCACUUCGCCAUCGCCGGCGUCUCGGGCAGUGGCAAGUCAUCGCUGCUCAACGCAUUCCGCGGUCUGCGCAACAAAGAUCGGGGCGCUGCCGCCACUGGCGUAACCGAGACGACGAGCGUCCCGACUCGAUACCCGGAUCCUGAUCCUCAGAAUCCAUUCGUGUGGUACGACAUUCCAGGGGCAGGAACCUUGAACAUCCCGGAUUGGGUGUACUUCAACGCGCAAGGUCUUUACAUCUUCGACUGCAUCAUCGUGCUCUUUGAUAAUCGUUUUACCGAAACGGAUGUCGCGAUUCUGAGGAACUGCGCGCGGUUCAAGAUCCCUGCAUAUAUCGUGCGCUCAAAGUCCAACCAGCAUAUUCGAAACCUCGCAGACGACCUGGAACAGGGCGAAGAUGAAAGCGAUGAGGAGGUGUUGGCGAGGGCCCUCAAGCAGUAUCUCUUGGAGACUCGUGAGAGUGUGGUGCGCAACCUGGACCUUGCGCAGCUGCCACACCAGCGCGUCUACAUUGUUGACAAAGAGAUGAUGGUACAGGCCGUGAAGGGCAAGCUCCUAAGAAACGCCCUCGAUGAAUGGGAGCUGCUGCGGGAUCUCCUCACUGAGGCACGAAAGAGGCGGAAGGAAGCGUCGGAAAGGGCUGCAGAGGAGGCAAGGGUCGCACUCGAGAAGGCAGAGAAGGACCUGAGGGAGGGCAUCAGGCCCGUCGUUCUCCCCAGCCGGGAAGAGUUUGAGCAGAAGAAGAAGGAACUGCAGUACAAACCAGGAGUCUUCCACUUCGCCAUCGCCGGCGUCUCGGGCAGCGGCAAGUCGUCGCUGCUCAACGCGUUCCGGGGCCUACGCAACAAGGAUCGAGGUGCCGCCGCCGCCGGCAUCACGGAGACGACGAGCGCCCCUACUCGGUAUCCCGAUCCCGACCCCAACAAUCCCAUCGCGUGGUACGACAUUCCUGGGGCAGGAACGCUGAACGUCCCCGACUGGGUAUACUUCAACGCUCAAGGCCUCUACAUCUUCGACUGCAUCAUCGUGCUUUUUGAUAAUCGUUUCACCGAGACGGACGUCGCGAUCCUCAGGAACUGCGCGCUGUUCCGGAUCCCUGCCUUCAUCGUCCGAUCAAAGUCGAAACAGCACAUCCGCAACCUCGCAGAUGAUCUCGAGUGGGGCGAGAAUGAGAGUGACGAGGAGCUGACGGCGCGGGCGCGGGCGCAGUACAUCUCGCAGACUCGCGAGAGUGUGGCGCGUAAUCUCGACACUGCACAGCUGCCACGCCAGCGUGUCUACAUCGUCGACAAGGAGGCGAUGGUGCAGGUCGUCAAAGGCAAGCAUCCAAAGGACAUUCUCGAUGAGUCGGAGUUGCUUCGAGAUCUCGAGACGGAAAUGACGAAGAGACGGUCGAUUGAGUGA